CAAGGAAUAAUGGGAGGGCGUUGCCGUGGCCCGUGGGACACCGUGGGAGCAGCGCUAAUGGUUACAAUCAGUUCUCUUUUCUCUAUGGCUGUGUCAAGACGCUUGUACAAAUACUCAUCAGUUCCUCGACAGUUGAAAAAAAGUGAAUAAGUGAAUAUGGAAAAUAAAACCGAUGAAGAAACUGGGUUAUGUGGUCGAGGAAAACGUACUAAAAUUGCUAAACGUUUUAGUUUUCCGCCAAAAAGUGACUCAUCACCAUCUCUUCCUCUCAGCAAAAAAACUAAAAUUCAUGAUGAAAAGAUUGUCGCGAAAAAAUCAACGAAAGAAAAACUCGAUGACAAAGGGCGUUCAAUGAAGACUUCUGACCGCGUUGCGUUAGAACUCAUCAAAGCCAACAAGGCACAGAAGCGACUGAAUGCAAAAAUUAGUCCAUUGUCACGUCGUCAAGCGGACAAUUUUGUGUAUACAAAUCCGGGCUCACAAAAAGUUUUAAUAACUAGCGUAGAUGUACAUAAACCAGAAGACUACGAUGAGAUUAUGGAACAUUCAGAUGAUUGUGGUCCAUCUAAAUCCACAUCUAUAAAAGAAAAUACGAAUCCUCGAAUCCAAUUUUCUUCCUCGAACAGAUCAAGUGCCCGACCACAGAAUAACUUAUCUCAAAGAUCAAUUGAAGCAAAAUAUCAGUCAAAAAUUGAACUCUUAAACGUUGAAAAGGCAAGCCUAAUAACAAGAAAUGAAGAACUUGAAAGAAAAAACGAACGUCUUGAAAUGGAAAAUGAGAGUUUUGACUGUGCUUUAAAAGAUGCAGAAAGAGAAUUGCAUGAACUGAAAAAUAGAAAGGUUCCUGAACGCGAUCUUCAAGUCGAUUUGAUUGGAAAUUUUCAAAUAUUCCGAGAAAACGUCAGAGAAGAUUUAAUUAAUCUGGCCGAACAAUUACAUACAAGCAUUGUAGAAGAUUUAUCAGGCGUUAAAUCUACAGCUGUUAUUGACAAACUUCAUCAGUUCGAUCAUUUAAAAAUAUCUAAUGGCCAAGUUCAAAUUACUGAAAAUAUUUCAAUUGACGUUGAAACUUACAUGAAAGCUGCACAAGCACCUAACAUGAGAAAAAGAGCAAAUAUUGCUAUCAGAGGAAUUUGGAAGCCUUGUGAACUAAUGCAGUUCGUGUUAAAGCGAGUUGGUAAUGAUGAUACUGUUACUCGACACAUCAUAACUCAGGAAGAUAUUCUAAUUUUACAUGUCACUGUCACAAAAAUGCAGGAGCAUAAAUUUCUAAGCACUGAUACCGAGGGAAUGGAUCUGACAAACUUACCGAAUUGGUUGGCCUACCAGGCUAAAAUGGCACGUUUGAAUGCUCGCGUUGCUGAUGAAGAAAAAGAUGGUACGACUACUUCUAUUGAACCAGAACUGAGAACGACAGAGAACGAAAAUAAUGACUGUGAAUCGUCAGAAUCUCCUGAUAGCAACAAUGAAAGAGAAUUGUCAGAACACUGUGAUUACAGUAGCGACGAAGGUGACAUUUCGUAUGCAAAAGAUCCUUUGUCUGACACUAAUGACAUGUGUCAUAAUGAUUUCCAAGACAUUUAAAAUUCCUAUUAACGUUUUCACUUUAUUUUUUUACUUCGUUUACUUUAUUGUCGUAAUAUUUACUUAAGAAUCCACUGGUUGA